AGUCCCCAAACUCCCAGUACCUGCUUCUUCCGGGGAUACUAUGCUGUUCUUCAGUCUCCUGCUGGAGGUGAUUUGGAUCCUGGCUGCAGAAGGGGGUCAGCAGCACUGGACGUACGAGGGCCCACACGGUCAAGACCACUGGCCAGCCUCUCACCCGGAGUGUGGCAGCAAUGCCCAAUCCCCCAUCGAUAUCCAGACAGACAGUGUGACCUUUGACCCCGAGUUGCCUGCUCUGCAGCUCCAGGGAUACGACCAGCCUAGCACUGAGCCUUUGGACCUGCACAAUAAUGGCCAUACAGUACAACUCUCUCUGCCCCCUACCAUGUAUCUGGAGGGACUUCCCCGAAAAUAUGUAGCUGCCCAGCUUCACCUACACUGGGGUGAGACAGGAUCCCUGGGGGGAUCAGAGCACCAGAUCAACGGUGAAGCCACAGCGGCCGAGCUCCACAUUGUACAUUAUGAUUCCGACUCCUAUGACAGCUUGAGCGAGGCUGCUCCAAAGCCUCAGGGCCUGGCUGUCUUGGGCAUCCUCAUUGAGGUGGGUGAGGCUAAGAAUCCAGUUUAUGAACAUAUUCUGAGUCACCUGCAUGAAAUCAGGCAUAAAGAUCAGAAGACUUCAGUGCCUCCCUUCAAUGUGGGAGAGCUGCUCCCCCCACAGCUGAACCAGUUCUUCCGCUACAAUGGCUCGCUCACCACACCCCCCUGCUACCAGAGUGUGCUCUGGACAGUCUUCAAUCGAAGGGCUCAGAUUUCCAUGGGACAGCUGGAAGAGCUUCAGGAAACGCUGUUUUCCACAGAAGAAGAGCCCUCUAAGCUACUGGUACGGAACUACCGAGCCCCCCAGCCUCUCAAUCAGCGAACAGUCUUUGCUUCUUUCAUCCAAGUGGGAUCCUUGUAUACUACAGGCGAAAUGCUGAGUCUGGGAGUGGGAAUCUUGGUUGGCUGUCUCUGCCUUCUGUUGGCUGUUUAUUUCAUCGCCAGAAAGAUUCGGAAGAAGAGGCUAGGAAACCGGAAAACCGUGGUCUUCACCUCAGCACAAACCACAGAGGCAUAGACUCCUGUGCCAACAUUAUGGAUGCUCUCCCCUCAUGGAUAUCAGGGAGCUUCUCGAAUGAGGUGCAGGGACUGGCCAGAAAAUACUGUAGGAGUAGUGGGUAGUCACCCCUGUUUUCUGUAGACAGCCCCUACAGAAAGGCGUGGACAGGCUCUUGUUCAUGGAGUAACAGCAUAGCCUUCUUCGGCCUCUCAAACAUGUAGAUCAGGACAAUGCAGAUGGCAAAUUAUGUUUAGUUGUAGGGGAAGUUGGGAUAUGUACCCCAAAGUCCUCCAUCCCCCUAUCCUUGUGUCUCUUUCCCUAGAUAUAGAGCAGGACCUCCCCUUAGGAAAAAGAGUUGCUGCUGUUAGGGUUAUAUUUUUUUUGCUCAGUAUAUCUGGAAAUUAAACUUUCUAACCCUA